AUGGCCGGCCACCAGCAAACUCCAGGCUCAGGGCGCGGAGAAUACCAAAUGUUCAAUUCGCAAUAUGCGCAGACCCUCUCUUUGGUGUCUCAAAAAAGCAACUUUUCUAUACCUAUGACGGGGCCCCUUAUCUCGAAUCGAGACAUGGGAGAGCUUAUGUCUCGCGACCAUGGGUUUGAAACAGGGUUCGAACCCAAGGUUGCGUAUAAUCAUACGCCGUCAGAGGAAAGCGAAUCAAUCAGGCACUUUACUGUCGCUCCACAUGGUCUCGGUGUUCCUGGCUCAAUCUACUCAAGUCUGUAUCAAGAGGGCCAAUUCCGUCUUCUUGCGAUUCUUCCCGGCACCGACGAUGCCCCAAUCCGAUGCCGCUUACGCAUCUGCUCUUUGGACGACAAUCACGACACCUACGAAGCGCUCUCUUACUGCUGGAGGACAGAAGCGGACUGUGAUUGGGGUGUUGAGUACCCCUCGAUCGAAUGCAACGGGGUUGAGAUGGCUAUAGGCGUCAACUUGCAUCUUGCUCUGCGUCGAAUACGCCGCCCAGACUCCACGCGCCUGGUGUGGGCUGAUGCCAUCUGUAUUGAUCAGAGCAAUCCCGUCGAGCGAAGUCAACAGGUUGCUGCGAUGGGUGACAUCUUUCGAAAUGCGUUCAGAGUCCUCGUUUGGCUUGGUCCGAAUGGAGAUGACGAUCCCCUACAGUCAACAGCCUCACAGGCCCUCGCCAGUAUUUGCUCGAUUGUUUCCACGUGGGCGAUACCAACCAACCGUCCAGUAGAUUUCGAAAGUGCUCGGUAUCGGAUCCAAGGAUUAGCUCAAGAGUUUCAUGGUGAGGGACCAUUGCCGCAAGAGAGUCCAAUCUGGUUUAAGGCCUUGGGCCUCUAUAAGACACGGUGGUUCCAACGCCUCUGGGUAGUCCAAGAAAUCGCAUUAGCGCAACGAUCUACGGUUAUCUGGGGAAAAUGCGAAAUGUCGUGGCAAUGGAUCGGACUCGCUGCCGCAAUUAUUCGAACGAACUGGCACCGCAUCGUGCCUAAGGACUUUAACAGAGGCAAAAUGUCAGACCGACAGGUACCCGUCGGUGUGAUGAACGCGUACUUUAUGUACAGGAUAUCGCGUUCCCAGGACUAUCUCGAGCCCCUUCGGUUUUCCUUCUGCGAGCUUCUUACAUUGACUCGACAGUUUGGGUGCCAGGAGAAGCGAGACAAGAUCUUUGGACUACUCGGUCUAGCUACUACGGAUGGUAUCAACUCGCUAAUUACGCCUGACUACACGAACCCUCUUGGAGAAGUUUACCAUAAUGUGGCAAGUCUGAUGCUCAGCUCCAAGAAUCCUCUAGCCAUCUUAUCUCAUGUUCAUCACACCGAGAUCUUUGACCACCCCGGACAUGCGGUCUACGCCUACGAUCACGGCUAUUCAUCCCAGGCUAGUUCAGCCAGAGUCACGCCUUACAAAGAUUCAUGGAUCCCAAGAUGGGAUGUCAAGGGACCACAGGCACUGACACCUCUGGACGCACAUCCGGAUUUUGCAGCCGGCUUGUCUAAGCCAGCUCAGAUCCGAGACGGCGUCCAAGGCGACCGACUCACAGUCCGAGGGAUCAUCAUUGAUGAUGUGAAGUACAGGGUCUGGAUGAGUUCUCAAUGCUUCAAACAGCGACAAUCACUGCCUUGUAGGCAAACACCAGGCCUUGAGGAAAUCCUAGUGCGAACCGGCCACACACGACACACCUUGGAGAGGCUAGCUCUGACCCUGACGGCGGGCAAGAGCUGGUAUGGCACUCCAAUCACCGAUCGCGCCGGCAUGCUUGCAGAUUUUGCAAACUGUCUUGUUACUGGAUGA